AUGAUACCAGUGCCUAACCCGAACCGCGAAUUCCGCUACAACUGCCCAAAUGGUGCCAGCUACACAGAAGCUGAACUCUCGCAAAAAGUUCUGUUUGCUAGACAAUUUAUGCAUCCCGAUAAACCAGAUUAUCAAUAUCCUAUUGUGUUCGAUGCUUUUCGCUACGGUAUUACCGGAGAACUAUGGUAUUAUCCUAUGAUAGACGGCUCAGGUCCAUACGAUUACGUUGUAUUCAACACAGAAAAUCGAGUAGUGGGCGCAAUCAGUAGCACUUAUGAUGCAGAAGGCCGCGAGAUGGCUGAACCUUGUGAUUUAACGUAA